UUAUUUUUCAUUAAUGUUUGUUCUCUCAGAUUUUGCACCUCUUAUCAAACAUUGACUUGGAUUUCAGAUUCAUUUUUUACCAGUUUGUUGAGUGGCCGCAUACCUUCCACGAAAGAUCUUGAUGGAAACAUCUUCAUUGAUAGGGAUCCAACACUAUUCAAAGAUAUUCUCAAUUAUUUGAGGACUCGAGAUAUUCAGUUUAGCACCAGUGAUUACAAGGCAUUGAAACAUGAAGCUGAAUAUUAUGGCUUGACACCACUAGUUCGACGUUUAAUGUUGUGUGAUGAAUUGGCCCAAGAAAGUUGUGGUGGGCUGCUGUUCCAUGCAAUUAUUGCACCACAAAGUUGUUCAUUUGUUUGUUUGUGUCAUCCAUCCACAGCCAAUGAAGCAGUAACGGCAAGAAGUUCAGUAGCCGGUGUUGAUAACGAUUUAUCAUCUAAUUAUUCUAAAUCUGAAUUCAACAUUAAUAAUGCCAGGAAACUGGGACACUUGCAUGCGGAAAACAGGCAAAACAUUCCAAUCAGUAUGUCUGACCUCAGAAUUGGGAACAUUCAAAUGAAAUUUUAUCCAAUGAGAGUAACAAUAGUGAAGGGGCAUGGUAACUGGGUAGCAGUUUCUUAUCCAAAUUAUGUUGUCUUGCACAGAUUAAAAGAUUCUUUGGGCUGGAUGGUGAGUUGGACCAGUCCUUGCACUGAGCAAGUCAUCGAACGAGUUGCACUGAAUGCAAAACAUCCAUUUCAUGAUCGAUUUUGUCGCAUGGUUGCUGUCAGUUACCAGACAAUUGUGAAGUUGUGGGUUGUUUAUGAUAACAUUAAGGACACUAAAGAAAUUGGCACCUUUAACUUAAGCGUACAAAUAAAUUCUCUUUUCUUCACUGGAUUGCAUCUUGUCGCACUGAGUCAUUCCGGAAAGUUUGGAGUCUGGCAUGCUAACACCAGGAAUUGGCAGGUGCAAGAGGCAAUUAACAUUACAAGUCAUGAUGUUUCAGGAUCUGUGUUACUGCUUGGAUGUGACAACGGUUGCAUAUAUCUCAUUGACAUGCAGAAAUUUCCCUUAAGAAUGAAGGACAAUGACCUGCUUAAAACUGAAUUGUUUAGAGAUCCAGGUGGCGAUAAGAUCACAUCACUCAGUGUUUUUCUCACUCCUAAAACGAAUCAGUUUGCAGGUAUCUGCAGUUGUUGGAUGGAGGUGGCGUAUGGAACAAACUCAGGUGUUGUCAGAAUCAUCGUACAGCAUCCUGAAACUAUGGGACAAGGUCUACAGUUGUUACAAACGUUCAUGGUACACUGUGGUCCCGUAACAAAAGUGAUGAUUUCAGAGAAACACCUUGUUUCAGUAUGUUCUGAAUAUAACCACGUAAGAAGUUGGAGUGUCACUCGCUUUCGAGGCAUGAUCAACACACAACCUGGUUCAAUGCCACUAGCUUCAUUCAAGAUUUUCAACGUUGAAGACACAUACACAUCCGCACAAUACCAUUCGGCUAAUGAUUUUGGUCCAUUUGGAGAAAAAGACGAUUUACAGGUGUUUAUACAGAAAGUGAUUCCUGAGAGUGAUCAACUUUUUGUUAGACUCUCGUCGUCAGGAAAAAGACUCUGUGUCAUAAAGUCAGCAGACGGGUCUAUAAUUUCUUCCUUCACAGUUCACGAGUGUGAGAGUUCCACGAGAAUAGGAUCUCGACCACGAAGAUACAUAUUCACAGGUCAUUCAAAUGGGACUGUUCAAAUUUGGGAUUUGUCAACUGCAUUCGAACUGCUUGGCAAGAAUGAAGAGUGUGAUCUAGCGGGAUUGACCAAUCAGGAGCUUGUAAAGCUAGUGGGUCAUUACGAUAUUACAAAUUCAAGAACUCCCACCCCUGCCCCUACACCUCUC